UGCGCCAGCCUGUGGUACAAUCUCUCUCUCCUUGGCCCUCCCGCUCCCUCUCUCCCUCUUCGCUCUCUAUGAGAAACCCUUCACUUGCUGCUGCUACUGUUGCGCUGGGACUCACCACGUUUUUCGCUAAGCGUAGUAGCCGAUUGGUCAAGGCGCUCGUGCCUGCUGCGUGCCGCCAUCAUCAUGUUGAUCGUUCAGCCGCACGCUCGAGGAGUAGCCUUGGUGCAUCCAAAAGUGCGGGGGGCGUAGCGGAGCGCAUCCAUCAAAUCGCGGGGAGAGAGUUUGACAUCGGCAAGCCUUCUGUCCUGGCCAAGGUGCUGUACGACGAAAUGAGCGUCUUCAACCCUCAAGCCGGCAGCAAGGCAGCGCUCACGGCCGCCGGUCGCCCCAAGCCGAGGUCGGUGUCCGUGAAGACGCUGUCGGCUGUGCUCGAGGCUGAGAGAGACCCGGCCAAGCGCGAGCUGAUCGAGCUGGUGCUUCGAUGGUUGGAUGCCAAGGCGGUGGCUAAACGAGGAGGAUUCGUCGCUGCCGGCGAGAAGGUGGUGGACAUACCAAGCUGGUCGAGCCGGCUCAUUCCAGAUGACGACGAACUACCGGCGGACCCGUCCGCGUCCCCUGUGGUGCUAGUUGACGGGCAUUACAUCACAUACCGCUCUUUUCACGGUAUGCCGCACCUGUCAGCGGCUGAUGGGACACCGGUAGGGGCGCUGGUUGGGUUCUGCAACACCAUGAACAAGUUGGUGGUGCAGCCUUGGGCUGAAGGCGUUGAGCGGCGGCAGAAGGUAGUGGUGGUCUUCGACACGGGUGACGACAACUUCAGACAUGACCUUUCCCCGUCGUACAAGAAGCACCGGACAGAAACCCCAGAAGCUCUAAGGCCACAGUUCGCAUUGGUCCGAAAAGCUUGCGAGGCGUACGGGUUGGAGACCAUCGAAGGGCCCGGCUACGAAGGCGAUGACGUCAUUGCCUCCUUGGCGUUGGAGGCUGUGAUAGGAGGCGCGACGAACGUAACGAUUGUUAGUGCAGACAAGGACCUGGCGCAGCUCGUGACUAGAAGGGUAAACAUGCUCAACGUCUACACUGGGGAGAGACUGGGCCCUGAGGAGGUGCUUGCGAAGUUUCUCGCUCCUCCGGGACGGUUAGCGGACCUGCUUGCGAUAGCCGGCGACAAGUCGGACGGCAUCGUGGGGGCUGAGGGGUACGGUCCCGUUAAGGCAGCCAAGGUGCUGGCGAAACACGAAACACUGGAAGCAGCGGUGGACGAGAUUUGCUCCACGAUAUCGAAAAAAAUUGAGGACCCGGAACUCGUCGCCAAGACGAGGGAGCAGGUGUUGCUCGCCCGAAGGCUCGUCGAGCUCUGCACAACGGUACCCCUCGAUCGAAGAACAGGCCUCAAGAGCCUCGCCUCUGUGCCGACUUUCCAUCUGGAAGGGGAAGGAGCGGCGGAACGGUUGCUGGCGUUCAUGCGGAGGUUCGAGAUGGACGAGCUCUCCUUGCGGACAUCCCGUCUGCUGGGCGUGAACUAGGCUAGGCGACCACCUCCUUGUGGAGUGUUUUUUUCUUCUUCUAAUGACACACCAAAUCCAUAUCCUCCACUGAUGAAGAGUCUGGGACAGAUUAGCGAUGAACUCACAGCGUUGAAUAUUUAGUGGCGCUUGGUGUCGCGCUUGGUGUCAUUACCUCGCUGGUUGCCGUGCUUGCAUGCGCGUCUUUUGGCCACCGGGCGGCCAACAACUGUCUUGCUCACAGGGAAAUGUACUUGUUUGUCGUUUUCAUUUUUUGUUUUGUGAGAGUAAUUUUGUCGUGAUUUUGUCAUGUGCGCGUUAGCAGGCGUGCGGGUGACUGUAUUACUAAAAACGACUCUCUUUUCUUCGGCGGGGUGCGUUCGAUUACCAAUCGCGCAAGUCCAUGCUAGAGGGCCUGGGGAGGUGUCACGAGCCUGUCUGCGUAUAUGCCGGGGGGAAGGCUGUUACAAGAACCACACACGCCUCAGUUCAUCGUAGUUUUGCGGGGGGAUGUUUGCGUUUGUCGGUUUCUGUUUGGGGGCAGGGUUAGCUGUACAAAUUCAACGGCCGUGUGUGCAUGCAUCUUGGCAUGUUUGUAAAGUGGAGCAUACGCAGAGUGGAGUUGACCUCUUGUCCUUUACGAAUGCUCGGAAUGACAGCAAUCAAUCGGGUGUUGAAAAAUGGUCGUGUGUGAAAAACCCGAGUGUGAAGGGCGUGCAUGCCACGUUUG